GGCCCUGUAUCCUCAGUCUGUCAGUGACCGCGCAAGCGUGCGGUUCGUCCUCGUCCCGACACGGAGAGAAGGGAGCGCGUUUCACCCUUGAAAAGAACUUUCUUCCCUUUCGAAACAUUCGAUACGCGUUUUCGAAGCAUCGACAACCGUGCGACUGGUGUUGUUGUUGUACGCGAAUUUUCUCGUCGGAUCGAUAUCUUUUCGAUAAAAAGUCUAACUCGACGUUGCUGGUCAACGUUGCUGGAAAUAUCGCACGAGUGAAUUCGGUGGGUUUUUUUAUACGUAUAUAUAUAUACGUACUUGUGAUACGGACGGAUACAAAUAUAUAUAUAUAUAUAUAUUUUUGUUACGAGUUACGAACGACAAAGUUUACAAAGUGAUCGUAGAAAGUUGUUUUCUUCGAAGGAAGGAAGGAAAUCUGAAGGACGAGGCUAUCGAUCAGCAAAACUUUCGCCACUAUUUACGCAUUUUCAACUCUUAUCUACGAAUUAGUCAUUGAGAUCCUCACAGUGGAAUCAGUGAUCAGUGCCGUCUCCAGUGAUUACAUUUCUGUGUUUCGUCCAAUAAAUUCGAAUAAUUGAUCGCGUGUGAAACGUAUUCAGUGAAAAAGUUCCUAUCAAGUUUCUUCCUCCCCACCUUAUCGUUAGGGAUCUCGUUCAGAAAGUGUUCAGAAAAUUGGAACAUAGUUCGCAGACGGAGAAACUUUUCCAAAAGCUCGGCACGUGAACGCGCGGGAUGAGCCGCUCGACUUUGUAUGUUAACGGCAAGAGAGGAGAGGGGGAAAAAAUCGCAACGAAGGAGGGAAAAAGCUCGUGGUGCGAAUCGCGCGAGGGAAACGGACCACCCCCUGGCGGUUGGACCCUGGCAGUAUAAACAGGUGCACGAGGGUAAUUCCGGCCGCAACUUUCCACGUCGUGCUCCUCGUAUUUCACGCGAACACGCGACGACCGAGUUUAAUUUAGGAUUUCGUGGCGUCGAGUUUCUCCGUACUGACUUCGUCGUACCGUGGACGUCCAUCCAUCGACGUCCAAGGGCUCGAUCCGUUUGAAGAGGCGGAGAAACCGGAAGGGAUUCGUUUGUGUCGUUUGAGAAGAAGUGAGAAAAUUCUCUCGUGUGUGUGUGUGCGUUUAAGAAACGUAUAUAAUAUAAUAAUAAGAUAAAAAUUAAAGGAGAGAAUUAACGGGACAGAUAAACGGUUUUCGGUUUAUCGCGGGGGCAUGUUCGAUCGUCGAUGACGAAAGGGGAUCAAAGUUCGCGUCUCAAUGUGCGAUCCCACGGCUUUGUUGGACCUGGUGCCGAGCGAGGGAUUACUCAAGCGGCCAUCCAUGGACUAUAACGAGUACACGUACUGCUACGGUGGUGGUCGAGGGUGUUUGUUGGACAAUUCGGCGCCGCGGGGCCCGCCCGAUGUGCCUCCGCGUAAUCCUACAAUGAGUCGCGUCAACGGAAGAUUGCCAGGAAGUCACGCAGCCAGCGACCACGAGCGUGAUCCCGACCUCCAGCCGUCCUGCCUCGUACGCACCUCAUCCGGCGGCUUUUACAGUAUACCAAAGAUACCGAAGAAUGAGUACAACAACAAGAAUCAGUCCACGGGGAAUAGUCCGAUAAAGGUCGAGCUGCAGAACAACAUGGACAGGGUACCUCUGCCGUACGGCCACGCGUCUUCGAUGAUCCCGAUGAGGAGGCAAAGCAUUCGUUGCCAUUUCGUGAAAGGGGUCGAUUGGUGCAGCUGGAAGUUGAUCGCUAUGAUACUGCUUAUGGUCUCGCUGUGCAUAACGGCGGCCCUAGCCUACGUCGUGGUCUCGAGCAUAGUGAACCGCUCCUACCAGGGCACGAAAGCGUGCGCGGUACUGGUUAGCGAGAGCACGGACACGAAACCGUUGUCCUCGGACGGGAACAAGACCUCUUCGUCGGCGAGCGCCUCGUCCUCGCAGUCGAGCGGUCGAACACGGCAACAGGCAUCCUCUGGAGGUAGUAUGAAAGCAUCGGCUAGCAUGUUAGAGCACGCCCACCGUAAGCGUAGGGACACGUAUAACAAGCAUGCGUUGCACCAAACUGUCCCGUCCCGUGAGCAAGCCGACGAGCUUCCCUCGACCGGGGUGGCGGCGGGUGGCGAAGGGGCAGCCACGUCGCCGCGAUCGCCCGAGGCGGAGCGAUCGGCGCGGCUCACGGGCGAUCGUCCACGUGGUGUGGUUGUUGUUGUGCAUGAUAAGGAGCAUGCGGGACCGAACUCCUCCCCGCCGUCCUCGUCUCUCUCGUCGCCGCCUUCGUCCACCACGUAUUCGUCGCUUCACGCGUAUGUCUCUCGCUCCUCCGCACCUGACAACUACUACUCGCACGACCCUUCCUCCGCUACCCCCUCCUCUGUUAACCCCACCACCGAUCGUUCUUCCUAUUCUUCUUCUUCUUCUUCUUCUUCUUCUUCGUCCCCCGUUACGGACCAAGAGAGCCAACCACCGUCCGAGAAUCCAGCCAACGAUCUCGAUUCCUCCUCGACUAUCGACGAGAACCGCGUCGAAGGGACCAUCGACUCGAGCACGAGCUACGUUCCACUACGAGCCACUACCACCGAAAGUGGCGUCCCUUCCGAAGUUGCGGAAGAGGAGGUGAACGAGUCUCGGGGCGAGGAGUCGACCACGGCGGAAGAGGACGAUGGCACGAUUAGCGAAAGCGUGGUAGAAUCGAGGGUGGAAGUUGAGGGGAUUUCCACCGAGCCCAACGUAAGUAGCGAGGAUGUAGAACCCGCGCUGGUAGGCGAGCACGCAGUAGACGCAGCACCGCCUGGUUCGUCGAAAUCUUUGGAGGAGGAGGAGGAGGAGGGAGGAGCGAGGGAGAGCGAGGCGGCGAGUGGCGGUAAGGGAAGUGGGCCCAGGAAUUGUUCGAGUGAUGUUUGUUCGGGAGUCGUGAAGGAGACGCGAGAACUCCCUCGGGAGGAGGACUCCUCGGCCGAGUCCGGUGACGUCGGCUGGCCGAGUCGCGUGAAAAGUUUCGAGAAAUCGGAGGAGCUCCUCCAGCGGGACUAUCCUUCCCCGAUUUACAAUUACAACGGCCAGGACGAGGUCGAGUUCGUGAAAUUGAGUCACGGGAACGAGACAACGGCCAAGAAGGACGAUCGGGGCCCGAUUUCGCUCGACGACGAGGUGAAGACGAACGACGUGCCUCGCCGUUCCGUCGGCGACCUCCGCGUGAUCACCAGGGAGGAGAGCGACGAGGAGUUUCUGCGCGAAUUCGAGAGAAAGUUCCACGAGGAAACCGAUUCCUCCGGGCGCGACGCCUCCGUCGAAUCGAAUUCCGCGGAGUCCCCACUCCCCCCGACCCACCAAGUGAAAAUCAUCGAGGUGCCGGUCGACCGGCGGCCCUCGGCACCCUCGUCCUCGCCGCACCGGGUGCUCGUCAACAUCACGAUCGCUUCCGGGGACUCGGCCUCGAGGCCGCUCUACGUGCUCUCCGUCUCGGUGCCCACGAGCGGCGACGGGCACGGAGCGGCCGAGGUGGGGGGAGAGGCGCGAGCGAGCGAAGAGACGCAACGCGCGGCGAAGCAGGAAGAUCGCAUGGCCAAGAUCGCGAGUCCUGUGGAGGGAGGCGAUGAUCGAUUGCCCCCACCACCGCAGCCGCCUUCGUCCCCACCGCCUCCUAUAUGGGCCGGCGGCGAGUGCGAGUGCUCUUGUCCGUGCAUGGGCUCGUCGUCCGACGAGUGGGACAACGAUUUUUCGCCCGUUGACGAGGCGCCGAGCCUCGAGGCUCGGGAAGAGCGAACGCGCAACACGAACGAAUCCGUGGACGAGCUCGUGCGAACGGUGGCCGCCGACACGAGGCGGGAGGAAGCGAGGGAGGAGGGGAAGAGCUCGGUGAGUUUGGAGGAGGCGGUAAAGGGUGAGACGAGUAGCCAGCACGAUUAUUUCUCGGGCACCGAGGAGAAUAGCAGUACCAUUGACUGGACAACCUCGAAUUACGAGACGAAUUCAGAGUCGAGCGGCGUGUCGGGGUGUUCUGGGACAACACCCUUACCCCCAGAACCCACUAUACUGAUCCUGGAAGGUGCGAGAACAUUCCCAGCCAGAUCUUUUCCACCCGACGGCACCACAUUCGCCCAAGUGGGGCUGGGGCAGAAGCUGAGCAAAGAGAUACCGCCUUACAGCUACUGGAACAUGCAAUUCUAUCAGUCGGAAGCGGCGUACGUGCGGUUCGACUAUAAUAUUCCUCGUGGAGCGAGCAUCGGCGUCUACGCGAGAAGAAACGCGCUUCCUACGCACACGCAGUACGAUCUCCUGGAAGUGUUGAGUGGUUUCAAGGCCAGAACCACAAGGGCGUCCCAUGUUAGUGUCAUUCCGUCGAUCAAGAAGGAAGUGACGCACUACAUGGAGCCUGGCCACUGGUUCCUUUCGCUGUACAACGACGACGGGGAUCCUCAGGAGGUGUCGUUCAUAGCUAUUAUCGCGGAGGACAUGACGCAUAAUUGCCCGAACGGUUGUAGCGGAAAGGGGGAAUGUUUGCUCGGUCAUUGCCAGUGCAACCCUGGUUUCGGUGGCGAAGAUUGCAGCGAGAGCGUCUGCCCGGUCCUCUGCAGCCAGCGUGGCGAGUACAUAAACGGGGAGUGCCAGUGCAAUCCUGGCUGGAAGGGGAAGGAAUGUUCUCUGCGACACGACGAAUGCGAAGUGCCUGAUUGUAACGGACACGGGCAUUGCACGAAUGGAAAGUGCAAUUGCGUGCGUGGCUACAAGGGGAAGUACUGCGAGGAAGUGGACUGCCCCCAUCCGACUUGCUCCGGCCACGGUUUCUGCGCGGAGGGCACCUGCAUUUGCAAGAAAGGGUGGAAAGGAGCGGAUUGCAGCCAAAUGGACAAGGAAGCGUUGCAGUGCCUGCCCGACUGUAGCGGGCACGGCAACUUUGAUCUUGAGACUCAGACGUGCCUCUGCGAGCCCAUGUGGUCUGGCGAUGACUGCUCGAAAGAGUUAUGCGAUCUGGAUUGCGGUCCCCACGGGCAUUGCGUGGACAACGCUUGCGACUGUUUGCCCGGAUGGUCGGGCGAGCUGUGCAAUUUGAAGCAAUGCGAUCCACGAUGCAACGAACACGGCCAAUGUAAGAACGGUACUUGCUUGUGCGUGACCGGUUGGAACGGAAAACACUGCACCAUGGAAGGUUGCCCAAAUUCCUGUUCCGGGCACGGACAGUGCAGAGUCAGCAACGAUGGCCAGUGGGAGUGCAGGUGUUACGACGGUUGGGACGGCAAAGAUUGCAACGUGCUCCUCGAACAGAACUGCAACGACGGGAGAGACAACGACAAAGACGGUCUCAUCGAUUGCGCGGAUCCGGAAUGUUGCUCGAAUCAUAUAUGCCGUAGCAGCCAGCUUUGCGUGUCGGCACCGAAGCCGAUCGAUAUACUUCUGCGAAAGCAGCCGCCGGCCAUCACCGCCUCCUUCUUCGAGAGGAUGAAAUUUUUAAUCGACGAGGGCAGCCUGCAGAACUACGCUCGCCAGGAGACCUUCAACGAGAGUAUGUUCUGGAAUCACUUCAACACAAGCCGAUCGGCCGUUGUCCGUGGUCGCGUUGUCACGCAUCUUGGCACCGGUCUGAUGGGGGUGCGAGUCAGUACCAGCACACCCCUGGAAGGCUUCACUCUGACGAGAGACGACGGCUGGUUCGAUCUCCUAGUGAACGGUGGUGGUGCGGUCACUCUCCAGUUCGGCAGGUCGCCCUUCAAGCCGCAGAGCCACAUAGUUUUCGUCCCAUGGAACGAGGUUGUAAUUAUCGACAAAAUCGUGAUGAGCACCGCCGAAGAAAAGCAACCUAGCCACGUUCCACACGCGUGCGCGGCUCACGAUUACGAUCUGAUGAAGCCAGUGGUUCUGGCUACGUGGAAGCACGGCUUCCAAGGUGCCUGUCCCGACAAGAGCGCCAUUUUGGCCGAGUCCCAAGUCAUACAAGAAAGCCUGCAAAUACCUGGCACAGGAUUGAAUCUUGUUUACCACAGCUCCAGAGCAGCCGGCUAUCUAUCCACGAUACAAUUGCAAUUGACGCCGGAAGUGAUACCGCCGACUCUAAAUCUAAUCCAUUUGAGAAUUACAAUCGAGGGCAUCCUGUUCGAGAAAACGUUCGAGGCGGAUCCAGUGAUAAAAUUCACUUAUGCGUGGAAUCGGUUGAACGUGUAUAGGCAACGCGUGUACGGUGUCACCACGGCCAUGGUGAAAGUGGGGUACGAGUACAACGACUGCAAAGACAUCAUCUGGGACGUGCAGACGACGAAACUUAGCGGUCACGAUAUGUCCAUUUCCGAAGUUGGCGGGUGGAAUUUGGAUAUUCAUCAUAGAUACAAUUUCCACGAGGGUAUAUUGCAAAAAGGAGACGGUUCGAAUAUCUAUCUGAAACAGAAACCCAGGGUUAUUCUGACGACUAUGGGAGAUGGACACCAGAGGCCAUUGGAUUGUUACGAUUGCGAUGGGCAAGCUUCCAAACAGCGGCUUCUUGCGCCCGUUGCUCUCGCCACUGCUCCAGAUGGUUCCAUUUUUGUCGGUGAUUUCAAUCUUGUGAGAAAGAUCCUCGUCGAUGGAACCGUUAGGACCGUUGUCAGGCUCAACGCAACGAGAGUCUCUUACCGUUAUCACAUAGCUCUCAGUCCAUUGGACGGUUCCCUCUACAUUUCCGACCCGGAAUCCCAUCAAAUUAUCCGAGUCCGCGAUACCAACGAUUACUCCGACCCUGACCACAACUGGGAAACGGUAGUUGGAUCUGGAGAACGCUGUCUUCCUGGCGACGAAGCCCAUUGCGGAGACGGUGCCCUGGCCAGAGACGCCAAACUGGCCUAUCCCAAGGGGGUAGCUGUAUCCGCCGACAACGUACUGUAUUUCGCGGACGGAACCAACAUCAGAAUGGUCGACAGGGAUGGUAUCAUCACCACCGUGAUCGGCAAUCACAUGCACAAGUCGCAUUGGAAACCCAUCCCUUGCGAGGGCACCCUGAACGUGGAAGAAGUCCACCUUCGUUGGCCUACGGAAUUAGCGAUCAACCCUCUGGACAACUCGUUGCACAUGAUCGACGAUCACAUGGUACUUCAACUGGCUCCAGACGGCCGCGUCAAAGUUGUUGCCGGGCGUCCGCUACACUGUGCGUCCCCGUCUUCCUCGUUCGACACGGAACUCGCGACACAUGCGACUCUGGUGAUGCCUCAGAGUAUCGCGUUCGGCCCGUCUGGAAAUCUGUACAUCGCGGAAAGCGAUUCGCAAAGAAUCAACCGCGUGAGAGUGAUCGGCACAGACGGCAAGAUCUCGCCGUACGCAGGGGCAGAAUCGAAGUGCAAUUGCCUGGAGCGUGGCUGCGAUUGUUUCGAAGCUGAUCACUAUCUCGCAUCUACCUCCAAAUUCAACACGAUAUCCGCAGUAGCCGUAUCCCCUGACGGUGUUGUUCAUAUUGGUGACCAGGCGAACUACAGGAUCCGAUCUGUGAUGGCGAGCAUUCCUGACGCCAGCGGUGCAAGGGAGUAUGAAAUUUACUCGCCUGACACCCAAGAGAUUUACGUGUUCAACAGAUUCGGCCAACACGUGGCUACCAAAAACAUUCUCACCGGUGAGGCUGUUUAUCAGUUCACCUACAAUGUCAAUACCAGCAAUGGAAAGCUCAGCACGGUGACGGAUGCGGCUGGUAACAAAGUGUUCUUGUUAAGAGAUUACAGCAGCCAAGUGAAUUCCAUCGAGAAUACGAAAGGGCAGAAGUGCAGGCUUAGGAUGUCCAGGAUGAAAAUGUUGCACGAGCUAAGCACCCCGGAUAAUUAUAACGUCACGUUCGAUUAUCAUGGGCCGACCGGUUUGCUGAAAACCAAAUUGGAUAGUACAGGCAGAAGUUACGUCUAUAAUUAUGAUGAAUUUGGCAGGCUUACUACCGCGGUAACUCCAACAGGAAAGGUGAUCAGUUUGACCUUUGAUCUGAGUUUGAAAGGUGCAGUGGUGAAGGUAGGGCAGAAUAAUAGAAAACCCAUCUCGAUGCUGAUCAAGGGAUCUUCCGUCGUGACGAAAAUUGGGGAGGCUGAACAGAGAACGACGGUGCUUCCUGAUGGUUCCGUGGGUCAGGUCACUCCGUGGGCUCAUACAGUCAGCACCGACACCUUGCCGUAUUCCGUGCUGGCCGAAAUCGAGCCGCUAUUGGGCGAGAGCUAUCCGGUACCUGCUAAACAGAAAACGGAGAUCGCUGGAGAUUUGGCAAAUAGAUUCGAGUGGCGAUACUUCCUGCGGAAGCUUCAAGGUAACAAGAAUAGAGGUAAUUCCAAGUCCGUGGCUCAAGUUGGUAGAAAGCUUCGCGUCAAUGGAGAUGUUCUACUAUCUCUGGAAUACGAUAGGGAGACUAAUAGCGUGGCCGUGUUCAUGGAGGACAUAGAGUUUCUAAAUGUCACUUACGAUAAAACGGCAAGACCGGUUAAAUGGGGACCGAGAAAUGGUAUCUUCUCCGGUGUGGAACUCGAGUACGAUCGGUUUAGUAGAUUGACCAGUUGGACUUGGGGAGACAUCAGCGAGACCUAUGGUUUCGACAGGGCUGGAAGAUUGUACGAAAUCAAAUACAGCGAUGGCACAUCGAUGGUGUACGCAUUCAAGGAUAUGUUCAGUAGUCUUCCCCUGAAAGUAACCACGCCAAGAGGAAGCGAUUAUUUAUUGCAAUACGACGAAGCCGGGGCAUUGCAAUCGUUAACUACUCCGCGAGGUCACAUUCACGCCUUCUCGUUACAAACCUCUUUAGGAUUCUACAAAUAUCAAUAUUACUCACCAAUGAACAGGCAUCCGUACGAAAUUUUAUACAACGACGAUGGACAGAUUUUAGCGAAGGUGUAUCCUCAUCAAAGCGGCAAGGUUGCUUACGUUUAUGAUCAUACCGGAAAACUGGAGACCACUCUUGCUGGACUAUCUUCGAUACACUACACCUAUCAAGAAACCACAAGUCUAGUCCACAGCAUCGAUAUCAAUGAACCAAAUUUCGAAAUGCGUAUUGAAUAUAAAUAUCAUGCAGGAAUCGUCAAAGAUGAGAAGAUUAAAUUCGGUAGUAAGAGUGGUUUGGAUAACGCGCGUUACCGCUACCAAUACGAUGGAAACGCUCGAAUAUCGGGUAUCGAGGUUGAUAUCAAUGGCAAACAGCUUCCUCAAUUGCGAUUAAAGUACAAUCAAAACCUCGGAAUAUUGGAAGGCGUGGGAGAUCUCAGAAUAUACAGAAAUCUGUUCAACAGAUCCGUAAUGCAAGAUAGUAGCAAGCAAUUCUUCACUGUAACUGAUUACGACGAACAUGGCCGCGUUAAGGCAGUUUUAAUGAACAUUCGAUCGUUGGACGUGUUCCGUAUGGAACUUGAAUAUGAUAAUCGAAAUCGUAUAAAGAUGAGAAAACUCUCUAUUGGAAAAGAUGCCAUGGAAAAGAAGGAAUGGACCAAGAUGGAAAAGAUAACGUACAACGCUGAUGGACAUGUGCUGGAAGUAGCGGAUACGGAAAAUAAUUGGCAAUACGCGUAUGACGAAAAUGGUAACGUGAUAGGUGUCACGGAACAUAAUGAAAAAAUCGCAUUGGGAUAUGAUAGCGGGGAUCGUGUUGUUCAAUAUGGCGAUGUCGAAUUUAAUUCUUACGAUGGACGGGGCUUCGUCGUUAUUCGAGGAGAGCACAAAUACAGAUACAACUCACGUGGCCAAUUGAUUCACGCAUCAGAGCACAAGAAAUUCCAGAUAUGGUAUUUCUAUGAUGAUCGUGGUCGAUUAGUAGCUUGGAAUGAUGAUCGCGAAAAUAUUACGCAAUUUUUCUACGCGAACCCGAAGACGCCGGAUCUGAUCACGCACAUUCACUUCCCGAAAUCCUCGAAAACAUUCCGGUUCCUCUACGAUUCCCGCAAUUUCCUCAUGACAGUAGAAACGUCCGAGCAAAGGUUCUAUGUGGCAACUGAUCAAAAUGGCUCCCCUCUGGCGCUGUUCGACACUAAUGGAAAUCUGAUCAAGGAAAUGAGACGUACACCAUUUGGAAAGAUAAUCAAAGAUACCAAUCCAGAUUUCUAUCUUCCUAUCGAUUUCCACGGUGGUCUUCUCGAUCCGAAUACAAAAUUAGUCUACUUAAAUAAAAGACUAUACGAUCCGACCGUUGGACAAUGGAUGACACCUGCGUGGGAACAAAUGGCAAACGAGCUCACCACUCCAACGGACAUUUUCAUCUAUCGUUUCCGUAACAACGAUCCCAUCAAUUUUAAACAAAACGUCGAAUACAUGACCGAUUUAAGUAGCUGGUUGAAACUUUAUGGCUACGAUAUUUCCGCCAUGUUAGGUUCCGAAUACAUGAAACAAAUGGUGUACCAACCUAGUGCUAUAGUCACGUCGCCACAAUUGACACCAGACUUUGGUGUUAUGUCAGGUUUACAGUGCAUCGUCAAUCGUGUACACGAAAAAUUUUCCGAUUUAGGAUUCGUCCCCAAACCGUUACUCAAAUUAGAACCAAAGACGAGAAACCUUCUUCCUCGUGUAGCCCAUCGUCGUGCUGUAUUUGGAGAAGGCAUACUGGUGUCUCGCGUCGGUGGACGAGCACUCGUUAGUGUUGUAGAUGGAGUGAAUAGUGUCGUCCAGGAUGUAGUGACAUCUGUGUUCAACAAUUCGUAUUUCCUGCCGUUGCAUUUUAGCGUCCAUGACCAGGAUGUGUUCUAUUUUGUAAAGGACAACGCGUUGAAGAUUCGUGACGAUAUGGAAGAACUUCGUCGUCUGGGUGGAAUGUUCAACGUUUCUACUCAUGAAACCACGGAACAUGGCUCUGGUACUUGGAAAGAAUUGAGGUUACACAAUCCGGACGCCGCUGUCGUGAUUAAAUAUGGAGCGGAUCCUGAACAAGAGAGGCAUAGGAUAUUGAAACACGCUCACAAAAGAGCAGUGGAAAGAGCCUGGGAGAUUGAGAAGCAGCUCGUAAUGGCUGGUUUCCAAGGUAGAGGUGAUUGGUCGAAAGAGGAAAAGGAUGAACUAAUUAGCCGAGGUACGGUAAGCGGUUACGAGGGUGUCGAUAUUCACAGUGUACACAGAUAUCCACAAUUAGCCGACGAUCCUGGUAACGUAGCGUUCACCAGAGAUACAAAAAGAAAACGACGGAAGAGUGGGAACAGGCGUAAUAGGAUUCACAGGCAUGACUCGUGAUUCGAGGAUGUGACGCGGGAUCGUAACGCUAUUUGGGACUUGAUUCAUGCACCUACGUGAAUCGCGCCGCGGACAAACAUACCGAAAGAACAAUGAAGAGAGACAAGACUAACGUUCGUUCCAUCGAGCCGAUUAUAAAAAGAAAAAAAAGAAAAGGUUCGUCGAGAUAGCGUAUACGUGCCGUCUAACCUCUUUUCUCCCCGAUCGUUCUCUCUGUUCUCUUACCGCACUCGUGAUCAAGAUGGUGGACAAGAAUGAAAAUAAUAGAAAUGUAUUCUUUCGAUCAACCGCUUGAGAAUCAUGUGGUGAUGCUGUCCGUUUUUUUUUUAUGUUUGUGUGUAGCAAAUCCCGCUCGGUGUGCCAUAAUAGCGUUGCUUGUGAUUCAAUCGUGUUUAUAAUUGUUUUUUUUAUCGACAGCACGAUCGAAGAUGUUUGUUCGGCGACAGUAUAUAUAUAUGUAUAUAUAUAUAUAUAUAUGUAUAUACGUUCGUGGGAAAAUCGUGGUCCGUCAAGAAGAUUGAGCUAGUCACGAGAAAAAAAAAAAAGAAAAAGAAAAAGCUUGUUAUGUGGUGAUUAGUUUAUAUUCAUAAUCAAAGAAAAUGAUACUUAUUCGCAAUUGACGACGUGUUAAGACAUUGAAGUAAGUGCAUGAACGUUCAAGGUGCCGUCCGUGAAUAAUGAAAUUCGAGAUAAAAAAGAAAGAACAUAGGAAAUAAAGAGGAAGAAAAUAGAGGGCGAGUGCGUGAAAGAGAGAGGAGAGAAGAUACUCCUGUUCUUUCAGAGUGAUCGAUCGAUCCGGAGGUAUGGUGUAUUCAUGCAACAGGGUCUAAUGAGACGUGCACGUAGGCACGAACGGGACGCUUCGACCCCGACGUAUCCGGGGCGUUUUCGUUCUUAUAGAAAGGGAUUAUAUUUAUGCAGACUAUGAUACUUUCGCGAUAUCGCCUAUAAAUCGUCGCGGAACAUGCGAACGAACGAAACAAGAUGAUUAAUGCAAAAGAAACAAAAAAAAAGAUACGUCGACACAAAUAUACAGCAGAUAUUUUUAACAUGACGCAAGUGGUGUGCUAGUGCGAGAUGUGCGAUUGUAAAUAUAGCUACUAUCGUAAUGUGUAGAUAAUAUAUAAUAUAUAUAUACAUGUACAUUUAUGUACAUGUAUAUAUGUAUAUAUAUAUAUAUAUAUAUACGAUUAAACCGGUAAACUUAAGUGGAAACUGUCGAUAAUGCUUUUAUAUAUGUAUACUACAUGACACACGAUUCGCGAAAUGAACGCGCGCGUGUGUAUGUACUGAACACGCGACAUACACACGGAAGAUAUACACACAUAUACGAACAACACGCGAGACACCUAUACUCACUAUAUAUAGAAAAAGAUAUAGGCGAAUUGAUCAAGCAGUACAUUUUUUUCUUUUUUAAGAAAAUUUGGAAUAUGGUAAUUUUUCUUUAAGAAGAAAAAGAUAAAAAUAUAUCGAAUUGAAAUUGGAUUAAUAGAUUUAUAUAUGCGAUCCACGCAAUGGAACGCAAAAGAAGAUUACGUAUCCGUAAAACAUCCGCCUGGAAGGAUCGGUAAGAAAAAAAAAAAAUAAAUAAUCACAUCCGAUUUUUUUAGAUCGAAAAAAUAAAAUUGGAACUAUCGAUUAUAUUAUCGUUAAAAUUGAGGGGGAAAACGUGUAAAUAGAUUUGAUAGAUAUGAAAACAUUUACGUGUCAUACUAAAGCUAUAAUAAUUCGGCGUGGAAUAAUUCGUUACCGUGUAUUUUAUGCCUCGUGUCAGUACCUCGCGUGAUCCUGGUAGCAAUGACAACGUGAUGUAACGGGACGAGCAAUAGAUGAGCAAAAAAAAUGUCAUGACGAAAUCCGUCAAAAUAAUGUCCAGGUGGAAUAAUAAUAAUAAUAUAAUAACGAUAAUAAUAAUAAUAAUAAUAAUAAUAAUAGUAAUAGUAAUAAUAAUAAUAAUAAUAAUAAUAAUAGUAAUAAUAAUAAUAAUAACAAUAAUAUUAAUAAUAAUGAUAACGAUAUAAGUAAUAAUAAUAACAUAAUAAUGAUAGUAAUAAUGAUAUGAUAAUACUAAUACUGGUAAUAAUAAUAACUAAUAAAAGAAAUAAUAUUAAUACGAUAUAAUAUAAUAUACUAUUGUACGGAAAUACCCCGCCUAUCUUUCUACUAAAAAUGAAAAAUUAUUUUUUGAAUUGUGUCGUCAAAGAUGUCCUAUGUAACCGUGUGUCUGUGGGAUCGUCCCGUGGAAAUCAACCCUGCGCGCCUCAUCGAGAUAUGAGAACCUCUUUAAGAAAAAAAAAAAAAAUCUCCUCUCUAUUAUUAAGAGUAUAAAUUGAAUUCAUCGGUGUUUAUCGGUAUUGAGUAAAUGAAGUAAUUAAAGAGAAAAAAAAAGAAAAUAAAAAAAAGGCGUAUAAAAAUUCAGAAGUCAAGCUCUAUGGUUUUGGUACGAGACAAAAUAUAAAGGGAGGAGAGGAGAGAAAAAAAGAGAGUAACAAAAAAAUUGACAUAGAAAGUAAAGCUAAGAAACGAGAGAAUGAGACGAUGCGAUAUAAUACGUACGUAUAAAUAAACGUAAAAUAGAGAAAUAGCGAGCCAACGUGCGAGCCACGUCGCUCAACCACGUUGUGUUCCAGGUAGUUGUACGGAUGAAUUUAAAGCAAAAAAAAAAAAAACAUACAUAAUCAUAAUUAACAAAGUAAACGUACACUAGACGAGUUAAACGAGGGAUUUUAGUAAAACGGUAUUAAGACUUGUGUGCUAGGUGAACCUUAAACAAUAAAUGAAAAAAAAAAAUUGAUAAAAAAGCCGCUGUACAUAUCCGUUGUGUAUAGCCAGUGUGUCGCAAACCCACGCAAGUAUAGUAGAUUCGCGUCCACGUUCUAAGAACAAUGCAUUUUUCUACGAAGUAACGGAAAGUGAUGGUUAAACGACGUGCGUUUUCGAAUUUAUAAAACGAUUCUUUUGUUGAUCGGUUAACGAUCGAUCGUCAUGUCCGAAACAUUUUCAACGAACAGCUUUUGUUCCCAUUUCGUUUUUCGAAAUGCGGCGACAACUCCAUUUCCAUUCGAAUUGCCUCCGCUUUCGUACGUCGAUAGAUCGUUAUCGCGAUCUUUUUUUCAUUCUCGAAUCCGAUUGAUGGGACAAAGCCCGGGGUAACACGAGGCAUAUCAGUCUGUGAUCCACUGUUUUUCGAUAUUUCCUCGAUACACAAAAUCUUAUAUAUCGUAACUUUAACACGAUAUUUUUACAUUCAUUCCUACUUUUCGAAGUCAUUUAGCAUUGAGCCGAUAAGCAACUCCGGGCUUGACUCUCACCGCGCAUUACGAUCAACGUCAGGUCUCUUUUGUGACAAAAAUUCUCUUCAUUUUUUUCAUCAUUUUUCAUUAUACAUUUUGACGAUCGUUUCGACCUCUCGAAAAUAUCGUACGAUAUUUAAAGAGAGACAUGUAUUCAUAAAUGACGCUUGUCUGAUUUGUCCGUUAACUCGCCGUUACCUGUCAUUCGCAAUGUAAUAGCGUUUUAGAUACUCGGCAUGCAAUCCAAAUGGUUUGUGUAAGCUCUCGAAAUCAUGAGGGAGCCGACAGAUACCACGAAAGGGAAAAAGACACGUUUCUAUGUGUAUUCGUUUAUGCGCGAAAUAAUAGGGGAAAGAGAAUAAGAGAAAGAAAAAACGGAAAUAUGAUACGUUUAAAAAGGUCCUGCGUACUCGAGUUAACUUUACGCUUAGCGCAUGGUCACCUUCGAGCGAAACAGCACCGUGAGAAUUAUGCUUCUAGAAAAUAGCAACGUUGAUUUUUCAAAUAUUAUAUAUCGUAUAACUUAUAUUGUAUAAUUGCAAAAUUUGCCCCGAACUCGAGAAUUGUUUCAAUUCGAUUCGAUUUUAUCCGUCUAUCGUUGAAUGAAAAUCUUCCCAAUUUUUACAGAGAGAUCGCAAAAUUCUCGCGGAAGCUUUAUCCCAAGUGGCAAAGUGCGAAAUUAAUUGUUACGCUCGACACGAAUCUUCGCCGUCGACGGGAAACCGUCCGCUGUGACUCGGUUGGAAGGCGAACCGCGAUCGGCACGCGACUAAAAGAAAGCAAUACUUCGUAACUAUCGUGUAUGUCUAAAAGAAAAAAGAUCUAAUGUGACUGAUGAGAGAAAGAGAGGGAGAGAUAGAAGCGAGCGAGAAAGUGUGUAAGGUGAGAAGCGUUCGUGUGACGAAUGAGUGAGUGAGAAAGAAUGAGCGAGAGCUAUUCUAUAGUAAAUUAAUAUAUAAACCGAGUUAUGUUAAACGAUAGCUGAAGGGAAAUUCGUGCGCGUUUUUAUAGUUUCUUUUUAUUCUUUUCAUUUUUAGCGAACGAAUUCUUUCUCUCGAAGAUUUCGUGUCGCCAAGAGGAAAUAUUUGUUCGUGAUCGGUGUCUCGUUGUGUUUUUCCUCUUUUUUUCCACGUGACACGUAGAAACAAUGAUCUGAUUUUUACGUGUCUUCUUGUACAUAUGCAUGUAUGAAACUGCACAUGUUUGAUAGAACAAUUCGAUAUGUUUUAUAUAUAAAUAUAUAUAUAUAUAUAUUUUUCUUUUUUAAUUUGACAUUAUCGAUUACUGUGAAGGAAUCGGCUCGGCUAGCGUGUUUCCAUAAAAUGGUAAUCGAAAUGACGAUGCUUUUUCUAUUGCUCAUGACGAAAUCAGCGAAUCAAGCGAAUCGGACAUACGCGACAUCGAUAUUGACGAUUUUUUUAAAAUCUCCGUAAAUUAUUAACGCAGCGAUAAUUUUUUACACGAAAAGGCACAUCAUCCACGAAAAAAAAAACAAUCAAUUUCGAAUAAUAGUGCCCUUUAUACGUACUUUCGUAUCUGAGAACGAUUGAUUUAGAAACGAUAUGAAAAAAAAAAAAGAAAAAAAGAAAAAAUAAAUUAAAAGCAACAAUGAUUCCUUCCUUCAUGAUUCGUAAUUGGCGAGCGCGAAAUAAAUAAAUACAAUUAGAAGGAAGGUUCCAUGGGACGCCUUUUUAUCGAGCCGCGUUUUACGGGCGCUGAUUACAGUUUGUCAGUUUUUCUGUAAUUUUUUCCGUUUUGUCCUUUCGUGAAGAAUUGUACAUAUUAAUUAUUGCGAUCAUUAUGUAAAUAUAUCUCUUCGACAACACAAAAAAAAUAAGAAAACACAUACACAACACGCGUAGUCUGUCCGCGCGAGGUUUAUUUUAAAGACUACAUCAUUAUAUAAUGAUUACCAUGUAAUGAUAUUUAAUUGAUAAGGUAACAUAUAUUCUAUACUCUUACACGCUAAGUACUCAAUAAAUAUAUCUAUAAAA